GUUACAGAGAGCCUUUGUUACCAGGAACUAACAUCCAUUUAUUCGGCAGACUGCAAGUAAUCGAAUAAUCCAUGAUGUGCUUUGGUAUUAGCAAGGUGCAGGGAGAUAGCGAGUGUCGUCGGAAAGUUUUACAGCUGACCGCUUAGGAUAGAGCCGUCGACGAAGAAACUGAUACUUAGACGCCGGGUCCAUGGUGAGUAUUGCAAAUCUUAGUAAGGUCGAGAAGGUUGUUUCUGUUUAAUUUAGGUCCUUUGGUGGUUACAAGAAUGGUUGGCGGCAAUUUUAUUAACAAUUAGCGCAACAAGAAAAACCAAACACAGGUGAAUAGGCAAUUUUUUUUAUCUUGAAAAUGAGCACCUCCGUGUCCAAUAAAUUUUAGCCAAACCUCCCUCGCUUGACUGAUCUGAAAUCACUUGAUAAAUAUUGAAAUAUGGAAAGAAGUUUGGCCUUUCUUAUCAAAUACGGAGAUAGGGCACUCAAUUUCAAUUUCUCUUCUCGGGGCUUUAAAAAUAUAAAUUUCAGUUCUAGAGAUAAAACUGUUCAUUCACUAAUGUUCUUUGAUAAGACUGUAAGCGAGUGAGGUGAUCGAUCGAGACGAAUACGCUGGUUGUGUUAAUUUAACUAUAGGUGGCGUUUGGGAAAAGUCACAUCAUUAAUACCCAGGUUCGUCAGUUUUCAAAUUAAAAAUCUCAAGGUCGUUAACGUUAAUCACUGUUGCUCACUCUGAUUUUUGCUUGGUAUUAUAUGUUUACCAGUCCUAUUGCGGCCGCGAAAAAAAUUAUUUACAGUUCUACUCAAAUAAAUAUACGGCGAGGAGAUAUUAUUUUGUCCUUAAAAUUCAGAGCAAACUAGUACUCCCUUUCUAAACGCAGGUUCACGGAGCGUACUCGCCAAAACAGAAAUUAAAUUAACAGGACAGAGAACAUUAAUUGAACCGCCUGAGGUGCCAUGUUCAUUUUGCGACAAUAAACAACACUAUUUUUUCUCUAUCAAAUGACUGAAUCAGUUUGAAAGAUCAAGUUUACCGUAAAGAAUCUGACACAAUACAUAUUGGCCGGAAAAUGCGAAUAUAUCUCGGUUGGUGAUGUCACAAAAGAUCACAAUGCUUUUAUUAUGCUCCACUGACAGACAGAAUGAAUUUGACAAGAGCAGCUUUCAAAUGAUCAAACAGCCGCGCAGAAAACUGAGCCGUACUGUCUCGAAGACUCUUUUAAAAUAUCUGCCACAUUUUAGCGCAAAAACAAACUACUCAAUCUUUGGGGGACAUAUUUUGUUAUGGUUUCUCAUUUCAGCUCGCUGCUGGUAUAUUUCGCGUGAUUUCAGGUUUCAUUCGCAGCCAAGAUUGAUUAUGUUUCAAGAUCCUUCUAUGUAAAUUGCUUUCCAUUUAUUUACAUUUCUGCGGAUGUUUCUCACAGAACGAGUCUUUAAUAUUCACUGGAAAUAAUUACAUUGUUUUUAAAUGCUAUUCGCAUUCAGGGCCUAGCUUUUUCACUUCAGUUUCAGCCCUGCGAAUCAGUUUCGCAGUUUCAUUCCUCUAUCCGACGAAUUCAGUUUCAAGUUUUAAAAUGUCGACCACCAGACGAGAAAGAUUGGAAAUUGAAACACUUGAGGUAUUUUAUCGUUUUUUAGAAAUUACACAGAGUUAAGUAUAAUCAGACGGUAUUUUAGUGAAAAAGUCGUAAAAUUCAAACGGCAGUAAUGUAGGUAAUCCAAGGUAUGUAAUAGCGGUUUAGUCCAUAACUCAAAGAUCUCAUGCGAUUACAGUAAAAAGACAGUUUUUGAGAGAAACAGAGCCCCUUAUUUUAAUUUCAAUUUUACUUUUCCAGUUAAAAAAAACUCGCACUGAUUUGAUGAUUUAAAACCGUCGUCGUGUUGUGCCUUAGGCGGCAAACCCUGAGGAUAUGUUUGCAUUUAGUGCGAAAUAAUGGGUUGAGAAAUGAAAACAAAGUAAUGCAGCUGAAUUUCAUGUUUUGCUUUGUCCUAAGCAUUCAAAUAAUUUUAAUGGGAAAAUUGCGUUUAUUAUGGUCCUUACAUGCGUUCUAAUAAAACCUAAUGUUAUAAAAGAUUCUCCACAAUAAAUGCAUUUGAGUGGUCGAAACGAUACGUCAAAGGCUUAAAAAGCAGCACAAAGAUAUAUUGAAAGCGAGUUAUUAUUAGCUCCCUUUCUUCAGCUUUAUAUUGUAUCCGUAAAAGUGUCUUUUUCAAAAGGGCUGAAACCACUUUUGAAGAUAAGACAAAAUUAUUCCACGCAUAUCGUAAAUUGAUUUCAUACGAUUGAAUUCAACAAGAAACGAAAAAAUUCAUUCUUAAACCUGAUCUCAAAUGGCACGGAAAUUCUUGACACGAGCUUCUUGUUGAAAAGUGCUUUAAGUAUAUUAAGUGAAAGGGCAUUUCUACUGCAAAAGAAAAUGUCCACUCAAGCUUUGUAGACACUACAUAGGAACUACAGGCUCAACUGAAGUGACAUGAACGACAAGUUUCCUGUUUUAAAGACAUACGAUAUGUUAACAUAUUCUACAUUUCUAUUUAUUAAAUUCUCUUUUGUAAACCAGCCGUUUUCAUCUGAAGCACACAUCUUCGUCUUUAAAUUGCAACUCAAGGAAAUGUGUCUUGAUCAAGACAAGUGCAAUGUUCCAUUUACAUUUGAAUUUGAUUUCGAUGAUUCACUCAUAUAUCAGCGAAGCGGGGCUAAUUAGUAAGUUGGUGAUUGAGGAAAAUGUUUUUGCCUAGCCAGUUUUAUCCGCGCAUCUCUUGACAGAAAUAAAUAGCGGGUUAAGGAUGUACUAUUGGAACAGCAACGCGAACAUUAGAAAAGUAGUAGGUCUUAAUAAGCAUAGCAGUAAUUUUGCAUGGGCGUCACACUUGACGGCUCAUUUCUCUGCCGUCACUUCACGACUACGAAGUAAAAUUUCUUGAUGCAAAAUUUUACGUACGACCUGAACACGAGACGUCGAAUUCUUGAACUUAGAUGCUAUUCCAAAAAAUUCAACUACAUUUGAUAAAUUGAUGUGUUGGAAUAAUGGCGAUAGAGUUUAAAACUGAGAACGCGAACACUUUUUGUAAGCAACGUUUUCGCUGCCGUCACCCUCCUACUUCGUAAAGGUCCUUAAGGUGGCUCGACUGGAUUUUUCAGGGUGUAUAAUUCCACAAUUUGAGCGUUCACCAAAGAUAUCGGAAAAAGGUUACCACAGCUGCACUAUAUAAAGAUGAAAAUUGGUUAUGAUCCAUGUUUUAUUGACAUCAGAGUUACCUUGGCAACAUAAUGACGCCAUUACGUUUUUUACUUUCCUUUGUAUUUCUCGGUUCUAGGGGAUUUUUUCAGAAAUCGCUUAGGGGAGGUUGUACCUCCCUUAGUAACCUCGGUUGUGGCAAAGUGUGAACAAAUUCUAUGAGAGCGUGUUGGUUCUAUUUUGAAACAAAGUUGUAACGGUCCUAAAAACAGUGAAGAAACAUGCUAUCGACAUAAUUAACUAAGAUUUAAAGAAAACGAUGAGGUCUGGAAAAGCGGUUUCAUCUCAUAGCGGUUUGAUUCCAUCUGAAAAGUUGUACGAAAAAAGAGGGGGAUUGCUUCGGCCGAUUGCGAGAAAGAGGAAUUUGAUUAGACUACGUUCGGCUUCUUUCUUUACCAUUUUUGUAUUACUUUGGUCCACGCCUACAAAUUUCACGGUUAUUUAAAAACCGCUCAAUAAAUUGUUUUAAAAACUUGACAAUCCCGAGAUUAAUCAUCAAUUGAUAUCUCCGCCAAGUUUCAAGGAUAUUGAAAACAAGGAAGGUAAUUGAAUGGAGCUUCAACUGUCAAAACCUUUUCCCAUAUUUUGUGUUUACAAGUUAGCAUCCCUCAUUAUUCACUGGCAUUGUUUUCAAGUUUCAUGUGCACGUGCACAAUAUGAUACAAAAAAGUGCGAUACGUAUGUACAGACCUCCUUCUUUCAGCCACUGAUCAGGCGAAAGCAGUUAGGGAACUAACCCAAAACGUACUCGAAACGACUUCAGAGGUUAGCGAACAGGACGUUGGCGAAACGACUCGUAGACGAAACGACGGUAAACCCAGGGGCGUAGCCAGACAUUUUUUCCUUAUGAGCCCAAGUCGUUGAAGCCCUUGUGGCGGGGGAAGGGAAUGAGGACAUAAAAGCCAGCCAAGUUAACUCGGACCUGUGAAAAAUUCUUUUAGAGCGCAGCAGUUCUAUAAAGGGCAUACUGUCAUAGUCAGCAUCAGGGAGUCAAUAUCUGACCGUAUAAAGCAUUUUGGACUUGAAAAGAACUCUACUAGACACAGGUAUAUCUCUCAAGGUCUCUGCGUGUCUGGCUUGUGAGCACAACAGCUAAGGAUCAGCCAUUCUGUCAGUGUCGGAAAUCGCACGUAUCGUGUUUUCACCCUUGUCGGUGCAAAAUCAUUUCUCUGUAGUCGCAGUGGAUACUGACCUGGCGAGGAGAAAAAUGAGCAUUGUGGCGACGUUAAUAGUUGUAAGGUCUUUCAUUGUAUCGCUCAGGGUAUCUCUGUACCUUGUCAAAGAAGAAGAAAGCGUUCGUCGGCCGUUUCAGUUUAAAUUUACCGUCAAAUACACUCUAAAAUUUUAAUUACUUUGUAUCAAAGUGGGUAAUUUUUUUUUAAUGUGCAUGUGCAAUUCCCCCGGCAAAUCAAUCACAUGGAGACUCGGUGGGAAUAACUGUUUUCGUGGCGUAUAUUAAUAGCUGAUAACAGAGGAAACGCACACGAAAUGGAGAUUUGUAUCAAUUCGUGAGACCUUUGUUGUACACGCAAAGAACGUUUAGAAAUGGAUACUGCGCAGGUAUUUUCAACUCCAAAAAAUAUUCUUAAGUAGCAGUACAUACAUAUAAGAACGCUGCGGUGUUUAGAGUAUCCUUGUAUCAUAUGCACGAGAGUGUCUCUCAUUUUUAACUUACAGUAGAACCUCGAUAACUAGAACUCGGAUAACUUGAACUCCCGCUAACUCGAACUAAUUCUACUUUCCUUUGGAUUUCAUACCACUUCUUUUUUACUCGGUUAACUCGAACUCGGAUAACUCUAAUUCCCCAUUAUCUCGAACUAACUUUCCUUUCCCUUGAUAAAAAAUUCACUGAAAUUUACCCCGAUAACUCGAAUUUUGGUUCUUAUAACUCCACCUGGAUGCCACCUCAUUAGCUCUUCUUGUUGUGUAAGGGUAAAAACACUAAGCUAACACUGGUCAACACUACAGCAAUUUGAUUUUAAUUGGUGCAACGAAAAGACUACGUUUUAUGAUCAUAAGAAAAUGCCUAAUCAUGUUACCGUUGCUGAUGAAUAAGUUAAACUUGCACUGUACUAUACACUGAAGUGCUGAGAAAAAUCAGUAACUAUCAAUUUUUAACCUGGCAAAUUGAAUUUUGCAAUCGACCCCGGUAACUCAAACUCUCGCCAACUCAAACUGUUUUUCGUUUCCCUUCAGAGCUCGAGUUACCGGAGUUCUACUGUACUUAGAAACUCGAUUGACGAUCUUGGACAGCGUUAUGUACCUUAGAAGGUAGUACUGUGGCAUUCUAUGAAUCAUCGAGCAGCAUUUCGUUCUACGAUGCGAAAACAAAUAAACGCAUUGCUUUUCAUUCACCAUAAUUAUGUUGAAGUCUUCUUGUGACUUAUGACUAAAGGCUGUUUGUUACGUUUUUGACAGGAUAAACUCACAGAGGAACAAAUUGAAGGUAAAGUCACGUGAAUUCUAGAUAUCUUAGAAACUCUGUAGUAAGGUUUAAUCGUUGUACUUUAAAAUCAUUUUUCUGUGAAUUUGCUCGAGAAAACUGUAACAAAAAUGUCGCAGUAUUCUUACGUCGGACUAACAACUUGAAAAAAAAUAUAGCGAUUUUUUCAAGUUUAAUCCGGCCACUUACAACCACUACCGACCUACAGAAGAUACUGUUGCAAUUCAAUAACCUCGGUCGUCUUCGGCAUCAAAACGAAACCAGUAAUUGUUUUUUUUGAUGCGAAGAAACUGUUAAUUACUUUUCAGUUUGUACUAAAAUAACAUGCCUUUUCAAAUCAAGAUUGCCCAAACCCUAAACUCAAAAUUUCGUGCAAAAGUUUCUUGCCAAACUGCACUUAAAAAAAGCAAAGGUGAUACAGAUGUUGUGUGAUUGGUUGUACUCUAGACAAAUCUAAGUCAAUCUAAAAACUCUAAACGUUAUUUAGUUGAAGAGGCCCCAUGACGUACAAAGGUUUCGAAAUACUUUUCAAUGGAUGCCCGAAGCGACAGAGUGAAAAGUAAACUAACGCUUUUUAUAAACUAACCCAGCAGUAAAUUAGCAAGUGCCAAAAAAAAUCAGAUCGUUACAUACUUUUAAAAAGACCACUCAGUAUACGUGACGAGGAAGUAGAUCACUCCAGGCUGAAAUUUGCAGAUCCUUUGUCGUUGAAAUGAUACUACGGGCUAGAAAAUCAAAAUAGACAGGGGAAAAAUUAAUACCCUUUAUAUGUGAUAAUCCACCUGCCGUUAACGAGGAAGUUGUCGGAAAGAAAACAUCCCUGUACCCUCUGGGUGUUGCUAUAUAUGACUUGACUUGGAAACAAUGCACUGUAGGAUUAAAGUGGUUUAUACUUUAUUGACAAGGUCCUCUGCAGGUGGGAAUGGGAGGUGCUUGGUUUAAUUUGCAAAUAUUGUCAUGUGUUCAUGUAAUAGGCUGUAAAAAAAGUGCGUACUUUCGGUUUGUCGGGUACGAAAUAGCUUUUUUGGAAAAUAUGAACUAGUACUGAAUCCCGGGAAUUGGAUAAACAAUAGUUUCACAGUAUCUUUUCCGUGUUUCUUUACAUGCGAUAGAGUUUUUUAUAACAUAGACUAUUAGAAAGGAAAAAAACUCUAUUUAUUUUCGAAAUCAUGUCCUUGCGUAUAAACAAACACACCGAGCUGCUGCUCAUAUACCACAUGAGCUUGGAAUACUGGUGUGCUAAAAUUUAAAUGAUUACUCUUCUAUGAUUGAAAAGAGGUGGUCAGAUAAGGAAGCACCCAUUGAAUUACCACCUUAAUUACAAAGACUGUUUUAAUCAAUGACGACUGUAAAACUCCGUGUGGACUGAUCUAGGCUGGUGUAUUCGGAUUUGUUUUUGAUCCCGCUGCAUGACCUCCAAGUUCUUGUACUUGAACUUGUUCGCUUUAUAUUCUAGUUCUUUAUGGAGAACUGAUACCAUCGUCUUUGCGAAAUUUAAUAGGCUCCCCUCUCAAAUAAGCCCCCCGUCUCUAUUAAGCCCCUAUCCCCCCCAAAUGUUCUUGAAAUAUAUAAGUUCCCCCUGCUCCCCCCUGUGGGGCUUAAUCAGGAUUUACGGUAUUUGAUUUCGUCACAUGCAAAUGCCAUUCUAGUGAAACAUUUUGAAAUGUUAUUUCGUCUGUUGUCGAAAAGUUAUUUCAUUUGCCACUUUAGACACAAGAAGAGAACUGGAGCCAAAAUGCGUCUUACAAUUGUUUCUGGGGUCGUUACUGGGGGCGCGCCGGUUAGGUAUUGGUCAAUUUUCUCCUGUCGCUAGUAACAGUCCCAGAAGUCUUUGCGAAAGUUAACUCGAUCCAGUGUCCUUCUCGUUACCAAUUGGUUUCAUAGCAUUGGACACUAGGGAGCUACGCAACGACGACGGCGACGGCAACGACAAUGGCAAAAAAGCAAUAGGUUUAGACAAGCCAAACAACAUCACGCUUUUUUGUACAUUUCUCUACCGUCGUUGCACGAAACUGCCUAAUUUCACGUUUUGUCGAGGACGGGAACAAAAGACAAAAACUUUCUUUUUCUUUUCCUGAACUUUGAUGGAGUCCUUUAGAAUUCAAUUCCAAAAACAUUUGCUAACAUUUAACGAAUUAAAAGAGUUGGAAUAAGCGCGAUUAAGUUUGAGGCAGCGUAACUGACGUUUUCGUAGCCUUUGCCAUCGUCGUUGCGUAAACUCCCUACUGUUACUUCUCGCCAUCAGUGAAGCACACGUACAUCGUAUUGUUCCUUGUGCAGCAAUUGGCCAGUUUGAGGUUGAGCUACAGACUGGGUCGGGUGUUGUAUUGAGUUGCAUUAUGGGACUAUAGUGGGGACGCUAUCGCUUCUUUUAUUGGCUGUUACGAAUUUGAGCUGGGGACUGGGUCAAAAUCUUUCCCCAAAAAGUCCCAUAAUGCAAUUUGACACAACACCCUCUCAGUCUCCAGCGCAAUCAAGUCUUAAAUACUUGGAUAUGUUGGAUUGGUGCCCUAUUUUGGUUAAUAUCUUAGUGUAAGGAAUUCUUGUUGUCCUAAUAAUAUCUAUUCUUCUUUGCUUAGAGUACCGAGACGCGUUCAAGUUUUUUGACAAAGAUGGUAACGGAUUUAUAACGACCCGUGAAUUGGGCGCCAUAAUGAGAUCACUGGGACAAAACCCGACAGAAAUUGAGCUUCAGGAUAUGGUCAAUGAGGUGGAUUACGACGGUAAAGCCAAAAACAUACGUUUCUCUUCAAACAUUUAUCCUUACCGAGUUGAUCCAAGAUAAAAAGCAAUAAGAAUCACAACAAAACUAUCCGUUCUAGCUACAAGUAUCCUAAUUGAAACGCUAUAGACGAGUUUCAUUUAUAGUUCUUUAUUCAGUCAGAUUGGUUGCUGAUAUUAUAGACCUCUUUCAUAAUGGCGGCUUAUUAUAUAUUCUUUUAUAUGUGUGAAAACUAGCCUUUCUGACUUCCUUUGAAAGUAAGAAUUCUUUUGUAUUUUGCACAUGCUAUCGAGGUCAGAAAGGUUAAUUGUCAUACAAAUAAAAGAAUUUAGUUUUCACCAAAUCAGUGAAUAGCAAUUUUCGCGCGUUUUGAUUGGCUCCUGCAACUCGGAGUAUCCUUGGCUAUUCACUGUUUUGCGACCGGAGCCAAGAUGGCGUCUCAUUUCGAGACAUUUUCGGAAGACGAAAUGUUUGCUAUAAGUGUAGCAGUCGUACAAACACAUACCACCUUGUCGGUGUUCACUGAUAGGUAGAAAAUUAUUUUCAUGCUGAAUUUGCAACAAAAUCGAAAUAUGCACUUGACAAAUCCCCGAAAUGUUUGUAAAUUGAAAACAAAGUUCCUGCCAAGUGACGUUUUUAAUUUAUAAAAAUUUACUUUUUUCCAAUUUAUCCAACUGAUUUGGUAAAUACCCUCAGGGUCGGUAAACAGCACUAGAUAUAUACCUCGACGCUUCGCGUCUUGAUAUAUACUUACCACUAUUCACCUGUAUUAUAUUAAUAGGCCGCCAUUAUGAAAGAGGUCUGUAAUCAACGUUUAAAGAAAAGUCUUGCUCACCAGACCUGCUGAUCUGUUAUUUUUGCAAACUGAAAUCUUUUGUUCCAAAUGGUCUCUCUCCCACCCUACCAGUGGAGCCUUUCUUUGGCUUGCUCAAUUUUGUUGUACUCGAGAGAGACUCUGCACCAAUCAAGUAAGACCUUUGUUGAUCAUGUGCUGCAUGUUGCCAGGAUACAGUUUCGAACCCAGGUCUAAUAGCCGUUAUCAAUAGGGAACUUAAGCACCAGACGGUUUUGGUACCACGGACGCCAACCGGAAGUAUUUUUGCAGCACGACAGCCAUUGCGCAUGUGAAGACUUUCUCGAGUUGCGGUCACGGGCUUCGAAACGCGAGUUCUCAGGUUGAAACCAGAGGUUCAAAUUCGGUGUUCUUCGAAGAGUAUUCCUCAUUCAAAAGUAGAAAUUCUUCGUCUAAAAUCAUGUUUUCUUCGAAACAAAACUUAACGCAAAUCCUUGAAAGGCAUUUUCAACUGAUUUAUUCUGUCGGCCUUCGUGAUGGUUUCACGUUGUUUUGCUUACUGAUUUGCAUUUGGCACGCAAACCGCGUCCUCUAUCCAGUUCUGCGCAACCAGCCAUGCCGUUUGUGAUGAAUCAAGAACGUCAGGUGCUUAGUUCCCUAUUAAACGGCUGCACGCGUACUCGAAAAAGCCAGUUUGACGAGAGGAAACGAGAUUGACUCGUCAAGAAUUUUGUAUUGCGGCGACUUCAAAGGCUUGACGCGAAUCAGGCAGAGCCUCCCUUUCUCCACCUGAUUCAAGAAGGCAAAAGGCGGCUUUGUUUGCCGGGUUUCUCUCUCCGUUCCAGCAGGUGUAAUUUACAGUCACAUCCCACAGGUCAGAGUACACAGCAGAACAAGGAUAUCGGCGUUGCUUCGCAGACGUUACUAACCGGGGUUGGGUGACGUCUGCAACGCAGGUUUGUUAGUGUGCAGCUUUCUUCGCGGGAGGUUCCGAGUUGGAUUUCCAAGUGUGACCUCAAAUCCUUGUUUUUUCUUUUCCAUGCAGCUUAAACUAGCUUUGAAUCCGGUAAAACACAGCACUAGUCGAGAGAGGGGGGGGGGGGGGGGUUGGGUAAAAUGAGCGCGCCUUCGGCCUUAGAUUUGUCAGUUGAAGUAUUGUUACGAGUUACCGACGUAAAAUAAUUACCUUACCCUCAUCUAUCUUUACAGUUGUGUAAAUGCGCAUAUGGAUAAAUAGUGUUGCUCUUGACACCAUACCUUUCGUGUGUAACAAUGAUCUGGCCUUACAACGUUUUCUUUUUUACAACACAGGAAACGGUGUAGUGGAUUUUGGUGAAUUCGUAAACAUGAUGAUAAAUCAGAAUAAUAACACACUUGAUCAGGAGGAACUCCUGGAGGCGUUUAGAACUUUUGACGGUGACGACAAGGGAUAUAUAUUCUCAAAUGAGAUCCGUUACGUCAUGCGACACAUGGGAGAAAGCAUUCCAGAACAAGACAUCAAUGAGAUUCUACAGGAUCAUCAGGAAAGUAGGAAGCGAAAGAUAACAUUCGAAGGUACAUAAGCUUGCAAGUUCUCGUGUCUUCAUUUUUGCGUGUCUAACUAUGCCUUGACGUUCUUAGGCUUUGAAUUUACCGUGUUGCAAGGGACUUACGGAUGUAAAAGACUGCAAUCGCUUGAACAGUUCCGGAAACAGUUGCUUUUUAAAGUGAGCUUACCCUUUCAUACACAAGAAGCAUGAAAAUGGUUCCCCUUGCGGGCGGGGUCUCCCGG